AUGUACUCCGACCUUCCGCCCCACCUCCAGAGCCUCAACCUCCUCCCGUCGACGUCGUCCCCGCCCUCAUCGGGCCUCUCAGGAGACACCGAUGACCUCUGGGACUUCCUCAACGCCGACGUCUUCUCCUCCGGCUUCGGCACAGCCCCAGCUGCCUGGGAGUCCAAGGUUGACAAGUCGACAGAGGCUGUUGCUGCCACCCCCGCCGAUGAGAAGCCUGCCGUUGAGAGCAAGGAGACUCCCGCUGCAACGACCGCUCCAACCCUCGAGUCGUUCCUCGCCGCGUUUGCCAACGAGACUAUCCCUGCCAUUCCUCCCAGCUUUGUCUUCUCCCUCCCUUCUGCUUUGACACCUUCCGCGCCCUCAAACACCGCAGCACCGACGCCCGCACCAGGCGCCGACGACGAUGACGAGGAGCCAGAGCGUGUGACCGGCGCCAAGCGCCUGAAGCAGCUGGGCGCGUCGCCCGCCGAGGUCGAGGAGGACAAGCGCAGGAGGAACACUGAGGCUUCCGCGCGCUUCCGUGCAAAGAAGAAGGAGCGCGAGCGUGCCCUAGAUGAUCGUGCCAAGCAGCUCGAGCAGCAAGUGGCUACCCUCACUGCGGAGAAGGCGUCGCUGGAGAAGGAGAACAACCUGCUCAAGUUUGUGCUUGUCAACACCCACGGUGUUGCCCCAGGAGGAGACGGGCUGCAAGCCGCCGUCGCCGCGUUGGGGAAGCGCAAACAGGACCAGCGCGACUAA